CCGCGGCGGGGCGGUGAGCGAGGCGCGGGCUCCUGUCGCGUCGUCGGUGCCCUGACACCCGCGGGCUCCCGGCGGAGAGUUGUGGAAGCGUCAUUGAAAUGCCUCGCCCUAACUUCAGCAUUCUGUGGGCCUUGAUGGAUUUGCCUUUGGAGAUGCGACCUGCAGCCUUUGCGGAGGAAGUGCUGUUUUCUAAGGGAACUGCGUAAAAAUUUUGAGGAAGCAUGGCAAAAUCAAACACAAAACACAGAGUUCGUUCUGGAGAAUCUUCAAUAUCUUCUCUCCUGGCAAGCUGCAGCCUAAGUAGUAGCAGUUCCUCUAACUCUGGUGGCUCAUUUCACUAUAAAGAUAAACUGUAUAGUUCUGCUUCUCAGGCUCUACAGGCCUAUAUUGAUGAUUUUGAUCUAAGCCAGAUGUAUCCUGGUGCAAGCACUGGAAAAAUUAACAUUGAUGAGGGUGCUGCUGACAUUCCACACAUCUCCAAUUACAGUUCUAAACCAAGCAAUGCUUUUGAAAAUCGAGAUCACAGAGAACAGUCACACUUCUUGUCCUGUAGAAGAGAGCCUAUUAAUGACGCAGACUCCAUUAGCCUAACAACUGAUGAUCUCUUAAGACUUCCAGCAGAUGGAUCGAUUUCUUUCACUUGUGUUGGAUCAGGUCACCGAACAAGAAAGAAAAACAAGAAAUACAUCAGAAGAUCAGGUUCAUUGGACAUGGAACAGAAUCCAAAUUUUCAAGAGGCCUUCACUCCCAUGUGCAUGGAUAACUUCGUUACUCCAGUUGUAUACACAGAUAGAAAACGGUGUGGUAGGCUAAAAAACCCGAAACCUACAAAUAAGACUAAUAAAUGUGUUUUUGACUCAUCUUUAUCUUUUUCUAAAGAAUCUUUCAAGGACAGUUCAGAAGAUGGUCUUGAAAAGAAUUAUCCAAGAUGGCUCACUAGCCAGAAAUCUGAUCUUAAUGUUUCAGGGAUAACUAGUAUUCCUGAUUUUAAAUACCCAGUCUGGCUCCACAAUCAAGACUUGUUACCUGAUGCAAAGAGUCAAAGGGUUUCUAAAGAAGAGCAUUGUUCCCCUAGACAUAGUUGUCAGGCACAAAGAACUCCACUUACGAAUAAAGUAGAUUGCUUGGAAUGCUCUUUGGGACCCACAAAUUGUUCAAAUUCCUUAUGUGAUGAUAAAAGACUUCUUACUGAAUGCAAAUGUGAUUCUGAAAAUCUGCUUCUUCCAGGACAAUCCAAAAAGCCAUUCAGUGGUGACAAAAUUGAACUGCUUAUCCUGAAGGCCAAGAGAAAUUUAGAACAGUGUACUGAAGAAUUACCAAAGUCUACGAAAAAGGAUGACAGUCCAUGCUCAUUAGAUAAACUUGAAGCAGAAAGAUCAUGGGAAAAUAUUCCUGUUACUUUCAAAUCUCCUGUUCCUGUUCAUUCUGAUGAUAGUCCUCAACAAACUUCAAGGGCAAAGUGUGCUAAAGAGGCUCUUGAAGGUUUUUUGAACAAUGAUAAUCAGAGUUCUACCCUUUCAGGAGGUAAACAUCACGGUCCUGUUGAAGCCUUAAAACAAAUGUUAUUUAAUCUUCAAGCUGUACAGGAAAGUUUUAAUCAGAACAGAACUGUAGAACCAGAAGAAGAUAUUAAGCAAAUUUCAGAAGAUGAUUUAUCUAAAUUGCAAUUGAAGGAAAGUAUGAUUCCUAUUACUAGGUCUCUUCAAAAGGCCUUGCACCAUUUAUCUCGCCUGAGAGACCUGGUUGACGAUACCAGUGGAAAGCAGUGACCGAAACUGUGAAGAGGAAAGUAAAACUGUCACCACAGUAACUACAGAACAAAUAUGUAUUUUUUCUAUUAAUUGGACAAAAUAAAUUUAAGCCAUACGUCAUUCUA